UACGUGCGGCACACGCGAAUAGUUACACAGAAGCACUCGUCGCAAUAUUUACAAUUUCACUACGAUAAAAUAAAGCGGUAGACAGAUAUAAAGUAUAAAAACAACAGCAACAAAAAUGUCGCAUUUACAAGUCAAUUUUAACACGAUAUCAUUGUUAUUCAUCUCGCUUGUUGUUGCUACACACGCACAGGGUGGUCUAUUCAAUCUACCCGAUGUGGGUAAAAGUCUGAAGGAUAUUGCGACGGGUGUCUCCAAAGACAUAACCAGUUACAUACCCACGCCGCAGGGCAUUUUCGAGUCGAGUAAGAAUCUAGUGGCCGGUUAUCCGUUUGAAGCGGUCUCUUCGGCAAUAAAUACGAUUUGCUCCUCGGCACUCUCUUCACAAACGAUAAGAUCGCGUGUGACACCAGAUUUGCGGAAAAUUCAGUUUCAAUUACGCACCUCCUGCAAUAAAUAUAGUUAUCCGCUGUUGGAUGCUAAUCAAAUAUGGCAGAGUCCCGAAUUCGAUUCGACGAAGAAGGUGGUCAUUUUGGUUACUGGUUGGACCACAACUGUUAACAACUCGGAUACUAUCGAUGUGUUGGCCAAGGCGUAUAAUUGUCGCGGUGAUGUGAAUUUUGUGGCCGUUGAUAUAGCAAAUUUUGUGGCUACCCUCUACACUUGGGCUGCAUUGAAUACGGAUGAAAUUGGCGCGAGUCUCGCCAAAGGCAUCGAUUUACUGACUCAGGUAGUACCGCUCGAAAAUAUACACCUGAUCGGUCACAGUCUGGGCGCACAUAUCGUCGGCGCUGCCGGGCGUUACUUUAACUAUAAAACUGGCAAGCUUGUGCCUCGCAUAACCGGUUUGGAUCCAGCGAAACCCUGUUUCAACGAAGGUCACGUACUUUCCGGUCUGCUGCGAGGCGACGCCAAGUUCAUCGAUGUGAUUCAUUCGAACCCCGGUGUGCUGGGCAAACGCGAACCAAUGGGUGAUGUGGACUUCUAUCCGGGCGGUUUGGAUCCUCUGCCAAAAGGUUGUCUGGACGUGGUUUGUGCACAUGGCCGUUCGUGGGUAUAUUAUGCGGAAACCGUUUAUCCAGGCAAUGAAUUGAAUUUCAUGGCUAAACGUUGCACUUCACAGACGAACUUGGCCGAUAAUAAAUGUCCGGGUGCUGAGUCCCCCAUGGGCUAUGCGGUGCCACAUGCACUCAGAGGCAAUUACUUUUUGGAAAUCAACUCAGCAGCGCCUUUCGGUAAGGGUGCUAAUAAAGAGAAAUUAUUGUCUCAAGCCAAUUGUGGUCUAUGUGUGGAGAAGACAUAUAAGUGAGAUGUUAACAUUCUAACUUUAUCGAGACAUAGUGCAUCAGUUUUAGAAAUUAUUUCAUGCCAUAAUCUUAUUAUCAUAGAAAAAUUAACUUCUUUAUAUAUUCUUGUUGUUGUUUUUUAAUAAAAUUGUUUAUUGAAUAUA